AUGAGUAUAUCACCUGAUAAUAAAUUUGAUUUGCUUAAAUCACUAGACAUCACUACGAUAUUAGAAAGUGUGGAAGGGUUAGAUGAUGUGAUAUCCUUACCAGAAUCUUACAGAAAUUUUAUUUUAAAGAACAUUCAACUGUUGAUUCUGAAACAUCCUCAAUUCUUGAAAUGUAUAAAGAGUUGGAAAUUUAUGAAAUCCAUUUUGAAUAGCCCCGAAUUAAAAAUAGAUAGCGAAUCUAUAAAAAUGGAAAUCUUGAUGGAAUGGUUUAAAAAUUUGACUUAUCAAAGUCAGGCGAUGAGUAAUAUUAAUUUGCUAAUUGAAACCAUCGAUUUUGAUAAAGGUGGUAUACAACCCGAGGCCAUAUUCGAAUUAAUAAAAUUAAACGCGAAUUUCUUGCAGCACGAAGAAAUGAAGGACCUUUUAUUGAAGGCUAUGUGGGCCCAUUCAUGUAACACGUUCGAUCAUCCCAAUAAUUUCCCAUUAAAUCAAGAUAUCAAACACUUCAAAACUGCUUAUCAUCUACCUACCUUACACUGUCAUAAAUGUGUAGAGUAUUCUGAGUCAGAAAAAUUGCAAAAUGAAGACGCAAUACUAGCUAUAGGUGAUUCUUGUUCUUCAAAAGAAUCAAUAACAGGUAAGCCACAAGGUACCAUGGUAGUGUACGCCUAUAUGUACUAUGCCGAAUCAAAUUGCUGGAAACCUAUUGUCAACAAAGAAAUGGACGAUUUUUUUUUGGAUAGACAUGAUUGUGCCGUUUUCAAUAACGACGUUUAUAUUUCUGGUGGAAGUAAUAUCAACGGUACAGCUAGCUCAUCUGUUUACAGACUUAAUUUAGAAAACUCUUUUUCGAUGAAUUCCAUCUCGAAAAUGAAGUACCCUAGGAAGGAUCAUCAGUUAGUAGCCUUUCAUGGAAGAUUGUACGCCAUAGGAGGAUGCAACCAUGAGAAUAAAAUAUUGGCCACUGUAGAAUGUUAUGACCCUAUCAUAUUUACUUGGCUAGACGCCCCGGCUUUAAAAUACUCACGUAUGGGAUUGAGUUGUCUGGUUCAUAAUGGUUUGAUAUGGGCUUUUGGAGGAAUAUCCCACUCCACCAACGAUAGAAUAGAAGAUGUGGAUAGUAGUGAUUCUUACAAGUUAGAAAAAUGUGUCGAGUGCUUUGACCCGGCCAAUAACAAAUGGUUUACACGUGGUAAAAUGAUAUCAGGAAAAUGUUACAUGGCCUUGGCCGAAAUAAAAAACAGCAUAUUUUUGAUUGGAGGGGCGUAUUGUGAAAAGAAUAGCGAUAAAAUAAUCAGCGUGAAUACAAUAGAAAAAUUGGCAUCUGAAAAUCCCAACUUUGUGUGGAAGUGCGUUGGAAAACUUAACAAGGCUAGACAUCGUUGCGGAGCUAUUGGCAUUGGCAAUAAGCUUUAUAUAGUGGGGGGAAUUAGUUCAACAUCAAAAUGCCUUUUAAACAGUGUGGAAUGUUUCGAUACCGAAUCAGAAACUCUACUUUUAAAUAUCGACCCAUUGCCGGUUCCUCUGCCUGGCCCUUCCUGUAUAGCUUUGAGAAGAAGGAACGACUAA